AAAUUUAUGACUGGCCGAGGGCUCGGAGCGGUACUCGUGUUCGCCGACUGCUCUUGCCAUCAUUUUCGUGCUAUACUAUCUCAGGCAACUUGUUGGAAGUGGCCGACCGACGGCACUUCUGGUGGAACGCGCUCAACGCGUCGGGAGGGACAAGUGCCAAGCGACGGCUGAAACGUGUCGCAGGGCGGUACCUGGAAACGGAGCGGGCGAGUACGGAAGGGCGGAAAUCAUAUAAGUUCGCACCUGUAUUGCUGUAGUCCCCAGUCGUUUGUGGCCCCACCAGCCUCUCACUCCCUUUGCGCCCAUGAGAUGGGAAGGUGCUGGCUGGCUAACACCCUUGCCGCACCAGGAUUUCCUAGACAACUACCUGCAGGUCCAUUGGUGUUCAGACGGAAGCGGGUAUCAAUCAAUGACACAAUUACCAUCAGAAACCUGGGAGAACGUGUUGGACCAUUUGAGCAGCGACACCGCUACUCUCGUAUGCUGCGCAUUGGUCUCUCGGUUGUUCUCGUGGAAAAGUCGCUAUCUACUGUUCAGCCGCGUCAGACUCACAAGUCGGAAAAGCCUAUAUUCCCUGGCAAGGGUCGCGAAGGAUAGGGACCUUCGGUUUCCGUGGCAUGACCCUCAGGAGCUUCAGUUGGAGGAGAGGCCAUCAUAUCAGAACUUCCAAGGUUCAUUCGUCCACCUCGCGCCCAUUAUAUUGGCAAGAUAUUUGACCAAACUGGAGGUUCUAUCAUUCUCGUCGGUCAAUUGGCAUGCAGAAACGCUGAUGCUCAGCUCCCCAUUCCAACUGGCAAUCUCCUCCCUAGUGUCUUUGAAGACGCUAUCGAUCAGUAAAUGCGUGUUUCCAAACCUCCAUGAGCUUUACCGUCUCAUCCGUUGCAUGCCGCAACUUACAUCACUGAAUGUGUCCGAAUGCGGCGUACGGUUCGCGCGAAGAACACCGGAAGACGCUUUGCCCAUCCUGCGCCUCGGACUGACUCGGCUGGUAAUACAAGAUUGCCCAGCCAUCGUCUCCGAAGAUCUCAUUAGCUGCCUCCAGGGCAGUCCGACCUGUCACACUCUGCAUACAUUCGUCUUGAAGACGGACUCUCCGUGGGACCACGCGAGCAUAUUGACGGCCUGGGGGGACCAGUUGGAGCACUUUGAAGUUGACAGUUGACAAUGGACAAAGCGACGCAUAUAAAGGACUCGACGCGGCACAGACUCGCGAUGAGUGUUCCGGUGACAUGUCAUCUCGCAUCGCCGAAUGACACAUACACUCCAUCGAUACAAAGCAAGCCGCAGCAUGCCCCGAUGCUGCAAUGGCAAAUUCGUCGGUGGAUUCCUUUAGACCAGUGGAGAACAUGGCAUUCUGUCAUGAAUUGCAUUUGCGAAGCACCUUUCAGACAAAAGAGGCUCCCUUCACUCUUCGUCCACCCUCUUGGUCACAAGGCGGCUAUCUCAAUUCGGGGGAUC